AUGGUGGGCGAAGCCUUCGCUGCUGCGGCCACUCUUAAGGAAAGUCACUUGAUGAUGUCCCUGUUCGACGCAAGUAUCUCUGCCGACGUGAUCCUGACUGCGUUCUCCAAUGCUGCGUCUCGAGGACGUGCCUGCAACGUGAAAAAACUGGUCAAGCUGCUUGCGAACAAGGAUCGUGUACCUCAAGAAUUCAAGCACAAGGCCUUCGUGAUUGCAGCCCAGCUUGGACAUGAUGCCAUUCUCCAGAUUUUGUGCGACGGCAUUGAUGACUACUGGCCACUGGCUGUACUGAAGGAAGCGCUCGCUGCUGCCAAGUACGAAGAGGUCAAGACCUCGAUUCAGAAGGUGAUCUGCGAUCAGCUUUUAGACCCGAAAUGUCCGUGGGCUCCUAUGGUGAAGCUAAUAGAGGACCAGACAAACGACUCGACGAAUGCCAGUGGGUAG